GCGCACUGGACUCUGGCCAUUGGCGCCCUCCCGGCAAGCUCCGCGCGGCAGGGCGGCGGUGAUUGGCUGGCGGGGUUGGCGCCGAGCCAACGAUGUCCGGGAGUCGGGGAGCGAGCGGGGAGAGCCUCGACAGUCAGCCGGCCCGGCCCGGAGAUGCCACCUUAUGCUUCGGGCAGUACCAGUACACGGCCGCCGAGUACCAGGCCAUCCAGGAAGCCCUGCGCCGGAGGCUGGGCCCCGAAUACAUCAACAGCCGGCAGGCCGCCAACGGACAGAAGGUGUGCUACAUCGAGGGCCACCGGGUUAUCGGGCUGGCCAACGAGAUGUUCGGCUACAACGGCUGGGCUCAUUCCGUCACCCAGCAGAACGUGGCGGGAUCCCCUCUCCUUCCUGCUUCCCCAGAUUUUGUCGACCUCAACAACGGCAGGUUCUCCGUCGGGGUCUGCGCCUUCGUCAAAGUCCAGCUGAAGGAUGGCUCGUACCACGAGGACGUGGGCUACGGCGUCAGCGAGGGCCUCAAAUCGAAGGCCUUGUCCUUAGAGAAGGCGAGGAAGGAGGCCGUGACGGACGGGCUGAAGCGGGCCCUCAGAUGCUUCGGGAAUGCCCUGGGGAACUGCAUCCUGGAUCGGGACUAUCUCAGGUCGUUGAGCAAGCUUCCUCAUCAGCCGCCUCCCGAGCUGGACUUGAGCAACGCCAAAAGGCGGGACUCGGAGCCGCUGGUGGAGCGGGCCAGAUACAGCAGCUGCUCCCGGGCCUGGCCCGGCCGGCCCCUGCCAGCCGCCGAGGCCCCGGCCCCCUCCUCUUCCUCCCGCACGCCGACCCCUCCGGAGACGUCCUGCACCCGCGAACCGCCGGACUCCGGCGCAGCCUCCGGUAGCCUGGUGGCCUCGGCCACGGCCGAGGAUGCCACGUGCCAGCGGAAGCUGAGGCAGAAGCAGCUGCAACGGCAGUUCCGGGAGCAGAUGGAGAAGAGGCAGCGGCAAGCAGGCUCUCCCGCGGACCCCUCGGGGUCGGGGGCCGCGAACGGUGGGCUACCAGCUCCCCCGCCGAAGCCAAGCCUUCCCGCGGCCACCGUCGUCGCCGCCUCCAUGGAAUCCGUGUCGGAAGAGGAGUUCCUGGCAGAUGACCCCGAGAUGUGGGCGAGCGUGGAGGUGGAGGAUCUCCCCCCGCCGGCCCCGGUCCCCGGCAGCCUCAACCCCGGGCCGCCGACUUUACCCGACGCCGUCCACGAAACCGGCCACUAUCCCCGCCACCACCCGCCAGGAGCCGCUAAUCAGGGCCCGAAGAAGAGGAAGAUGGACCCUUCCUAAAGCCCCGGCGCGGUCCUCUCUCCCCGCGCGGCCCCGCUCCCGGCCCGGGUGGUCCGAGCCCGCCGGGGCUCCCGCCUUCCUCGCUGGUUGGAUCCGGCUGUCGGGGAGAAAUGGAAUAAAGCUGCGAGUUUGAUUUUA